CAUCUUGAUAACUGAAGGCUCUGGCUCCCAUCCUACUUUUGUUUUUUAAAGACCCCGUGAAUCACAGCUCGUCACCGUAGAAGACGCAACCUUCAAAGAUAGCACGGCUCUUUCUCUUCCUGUGGAGGAGCCAUCAAUCACAGUAAUGGACGACUUACCUUUCACCCAGCCAACGUCCUGCAGGACGUCACUGCUUCCCCUCUUUGGAGGAUGUGUGGACACUUUCUCAUCUUCAAAGCAGUCAACAAGCAGACAUGUGGAAAAAGCUUCGCAGCAGGAUGUGCAAUUCUAAGCAGAACAAAACCUAGUUUUGUGCCAAUUGCAAAAUGAUUUAUAAUAGCUGAUAGAGUGAUGACAUGACUGCCAAUUUCUACACUUCUACAAGUGUCUCGGCUGAGAGGUCUUAUAAUGUAUAUGGGUGUGGCUGCAGUAAUGGUCUAUUAAGUUAUUACAUUAAAAUCUAAAGGGAACCAGCAGAAAACAGCUGCAAAUUGCCGUUGUUUAUGCAUGUGUGUGUGUGUGUGUGUGUGUGUGAGGAAAAGCAGACCACUGGCCAGUUUCACAGGAACAUCUGUCCCGGGGUUGUUUGGCGCAGGGGGGCAAGGUGCACUCUCAGUGGUUUCAGCCCAACCGUCUGUGGGCAGAGGCCCCUCGGGUUUCAUGCUUUCGACACGGAUCGUGUAUUUUUAAACAUACCCGCCUCGCAUGAGGAAGAACUGUAAGAGAAAAUCAUUUGAUAUCCAGUGACAUUUCAUUCAACCACAUGCCAAACCCAUAUAUCGUUUUCUCCAAAGGUCGGGGACCGAGAACAAUCUGAAUCCUCUUGUGAUAACUGAAUCCCACCGUUCUUUACGACCUUGGUUCUGUGAAACUCCUCAGCUUCACAAAGCUAGAUUUGUUUCAGAUGAGAGGAAGUGUGAAGCUAUAUGAGCCGGUGAGGCAAGCAGAGCUAAACUCAGCCAACUUGGGGAAAGGGAGGUGCUAAGACUGCAAAAAAAGAGAGAGAGAUAUGAAUCCAAUGGGGAGGAAAUUACAAAAAAAAAGCCAAACAGGGUCAACAGAAUGGAGAGACAGAAGUGCUGAUGCUCCAACUCUCCUCGUAAAACUAACAUUAAGAGCCAGAAACAACCAUUUAGUGUACAUGGACUGUACUUAAAGUGGAUAAUAAACAAGCUGCAUGAGCUUUAAGGCUUUGACUUGAUGCCACACUUUCGAGACAGCUGCCGCUGUCCACAACAUGUUUUAACUUAACUGUACAUUUCUUGCUGAGAGUUAGAUGAAAAAAAUACACAUUACUUUCAUAUCUGUUCAUUAAAUAUGAAGCUACAGCCAGAAGACUGUUAGCUUAGCUUUGUGUUAAGGCUGAAAACAGUUGUAAAGUUAGGGAGAAGGCACAAAGAGUAAUCUUCACCUGGUAUAUGUUUAAUUUGCAGGUGACAUGACACCUAAAAAAAGCAGUUUUGCCUUAAAACAAUUUAAAGAAAUUAAAUGAACUAAACAUUUUUUUUUUAAAUGCAUCAAAAGAAGGAUUCAACGUCAAAGUUAAGCUCAGCCAAUCACUAUAUAUGAACUAAACCGACUUCAACUUCAACCGUGAUGUACCCUUAAGGAGCUUUAAACAACCCAAAGUUAGUGCAUAACUAAUUAAGACAAUUAUAUGUAAAAACAACAACAACAAAACGUUCAUAUCAUUCUUCUCACUCUCUUAAUAUGGAAGUUAUUAGGUGUUUAGAGAGCUUAAUCAAGGCUGGCUAUUCCCUGAAACAAUGAAACACCCCUGUACUCAACUCAAAAUGGUACAGUCUGAGCUCCCCUGCUAUAAAGCCUAUUGGAAGCGCUCACUUCCUGUGUGUCAAUUAGACCCAUUAGCGACAGGUAACAUGGAUGGGCGCUCACGCAGCAAACAUUUGUUGGUGGUGAAAGUGCUGAUGAACGACGGCAGCGCCAAGACGCUGAUGGUGGACGAGAGGCAGACGGUCAGGGAGGUUCUGGACAACAUGUUUGAGAAGACCCACUGUGACUGCAACGUGGACUGGAGCCUGUGUGAGACCAACCCGGAGCUGCAACUUGAACGGGCGUUCGAAGACCACGAGAACCUGGUGGAGCCUCUCUUGGCGUGGACGAGGGACAGCGAGAACAAAGUCCUCUUUCAGGAGCGCGGGGAAAAAUACGAGGUUUUCAAAAACCCACAGAACUUUUAUCUGUGGAAGAAGGACAUGAGAGCUCUGAAAGACAUCAAAGACCAAGACAAGGAGUUAUUGAUACAGGAGAACUUCUGCGGGACUUCGAUUAUCGUGCCCGACCUCGAGGGCGUGAUGCACCUCAAGGAAGACGGCAAGAAGUCCUGGAAGCCGCGACUCUUCCAGCUGAGGGCCUCGGGCAUUUAUUACGUGCCCAAGGGCAAAACCAAGUCGUCCCGGGACCUCGUCUGUUUCGUCCAGUUCGACAACCUGAAUAUCUACUACGGAAAAGACUUUAAGGGCAAAUACAAAGCGCCGACCGACUUCUGCUUUCUCCUGAAACAUCCUCAGAUCCAGAAAGAGUCUCAGUACAUCAAGUACCUCUGCUGCGAUGAUGCUGGGUCCAUGAACCUUUGGGUGACGGGAAUACGGAUCGCAAAGUACGGUGCGUCGCUGUACGACAACUACAAAACGGCCGAGAAGAAGGCCGCGGUCAGCUCCGUGUGGACCAACCGAAGCACUCCGUCCAGCUCCAACCCGUCCACGCCCUCACCGCCCAUCAAAGCGAAGUCACCCGGCCAGGCCAAUGGCCACGCCCUGAAGCCCGAACCAGGACCGGUUGCUCAGGACUUUGGACAUGUCCCACCUCCACCUCCAGCAGAUAUCCUUCCACCUCCAGCAGAUAUCCUUCCACCUCCACCUCCACAGACAUUCCUCCCUCCUCCUCCACCUCCUUUGGCUGCCAAGAGUUCUUCGAAACCUUCCCUCCCUCAGCGACACCUGCCAACCAACUUCCCUCCGCCUCCACCUGCAAUGAUCAACCUCCCUCGUCCACCACAGCCCCCACCCACCGACGACGCCUCCGAGGCCCCGCCGGACUUCCUUCCGCCCCCUCCUCCGGCCGCUGGCUUCAGUCCUCUGUUUCCUCCUCCGCCACCGUUGAACGCCCUCCCGCUACCGCCUCCCCCCGUGAGUUUCAGGGUGGAGGACCGGUCUCUGCCUCCUCCACCACCAGAUCCAGGCUUUUUACCUCCGCCUCCACCAAUGUUCACAGGGGCUGGAGCGCCCCCUCCGCCUCCUCCUCCUCCUCCUCCCCCGAGAGUAGCAGUGCGGCCUGCUGGCUCCGUGAAGAAGAGGCCUCCUGCUGUGCCGAAGAGGACGACGCCAUCUCUGCGUGGAGGUGGAGGUGGAGACUUUAUGUCAGAACUGGCGCUGGCCAUGAACAAGAAGCGUAGUGCUCACUAGAAUAUAUAGAAUAUUACAUCCUUAACAAUACUGAAGAACAGCGUGGAGAUCCACACAGACUUCAUCUCUUCCGGAGAACCGAUGCCCAUCCAUCCUUUUUCUUUACGGCUUAUCCAAGAACCUCGUCCUGCAUGAAUCAAGUGAACGGGUCAUCAUCCUCAAGACCAAACGGUUUGUUUUGUGCAGAAGAAAACGUAACGAGUAUAAUGCGGUCAACAUAUUUCAUAGAUUUGUACAUAUUGACAUGUUUGCGUGGAAGGCUGUAAAUACUAUAAACAAAAUGUGCAUUUAUAAAGAAUGACUAACGAGCUAAAUAAAACCUGGCAAAUAAAUGCAUGAACAUCC